CUUUCGGUAGGAAAGGAGGACACGUGUCACUCACCCAGUAAAACUUUCACUUCCAUUUUAUUUCACUCUCUCUCCCUCUCGAUCGAAGCCCAAAAGCCACUUCCUAUGGCGGAUAUACAGCAAUCAGAUGCCCAGUUAAACGGCGUCGUACAAGCCACUGUCCCCGUCGUUUCAUCCGAGGCCGUCGGAUCCAAACGCCAGCGACGUCCCAGUGUUCGAUUAGGCGACAUCGGCGGCGACCAAAGCUACGAAUCUCAUUUACGGAGGCCCUCCUCCUCUUCCGCAGCCUCUAAGCAAUGGAAACACCAACCCCACCUUUCUUACGUCGCCUGCUUCGGUUCUAAAUCUUCAAAAACUCGCGCAAUUACCAACCCCAACAACAACGAAACGUUCGACGACGAGAGAGAAGCUAACAAAGACAACAACAAUUUAGAUGGCGUCGCGAUUGGUAGCUGGAGAGUCAAGGAUUUCAAGAAACGGGCCCCCGCCACGAAACGGAUCCGAUCCAAUUGGGUUCCCAAAUUCGACGAUUCCGGCGGCGGCGGCGGCAACAACGUCAAUAUCAACGGCAACAACAACGAAACGGGUGAGAAAUACAGCGGCGGCGAAGACAACGACGGUUUCGAUAUGGAGAAUUCAGAGAGUCCCAUCAAAGAACAGAGCCCGAUUCAUUGUUUGGAUAAUUUGGGUAUCCAUGGAAACGAAACUGAAGUGGUUUACCAUAGGAAUGACAACAGGAGGCCAUUGACUGGACCCUCAGAAAAUGGGAUUACAAUAUGGCUGAAUGGUUUGGGUUUAGAAAGGUACGCCCCUCUUUUCGAGAUCCAUGAAGUUGAUGAUGAGGUUUUGCUGUUGUUGACAUUGGAAGAUUUGAAGGAUAUGGGGAUCAAUGCUGUUGGUUCUAGGAGGAAAAUCUUUUGUGCCAUUCAGAAGCUUAGUAAAGGGUUUUUAUGACGUUUUCCUGUAAUUGGUUAUUGGGGGAAGCUGGGUUUGCAAGGACAUAUUUAUCCGCCAUUGCAAUGAAAUUGCCCACAAAACCUCCAUCUUGGUGAGGACAGUGUUAAAACUGGUGCCUGGCUUGACUUGGCAUGGCAAAGCAAUAUAACUCUGAUUAAUUACGAAUCGGAACCAAUGAACGGAGUAUGUUUGGUCCGGCCAAAUCUUAACCCCUGCACUCAUCAGAACAAAGGAGAGAGGAGGCGAAAGAUCAACACUUUCCUUGUCUUGAUUCACAUGCAUGUAAGGAAGAUAAGUUCCUUUUCUUAUGGUGUGCAUAAAUUUGCAAUGAAAUUUGCUAUAAAUUUGUUAGUGAGCCAUUAAUGAUGAUAUAAGUUGACUUUUGUUAGUUUAAUAAAUGAGGCAUUCCUAGCUUCUUCAUUUAUACUCUGUCUCAA